CACUACAACAUGGAAACCUCUAGAUCAUUGGUUUUGAUCAUCUUCUUUGUUCACACGAUCGUCUCUAUCAACUGCAAAGACAAGAACGAUCUCGUAACAAACCAAGCUGCUCUGUUCGUGUUCGGGGACUCUCUGUUCGACGCUGGAAACAACAACUACAUAGAUACUUUCUCUAGAUUCAAGUCAAAUAUCUGGCCGUACGGCCAAACAACAUUCAAAUCGCCCACCGGAAGAAUCUCCGAUGGACGUUUGAUCCCUGACUUUAUCGCUGAGUAUGCAUGGUUACCGUUAAUCCCGCCAAAUCUACAACCAAGUAACGGUAACAAUCAAUUUACCUUUGGGGUAAAUUUUGCUUCAGGUGGUGCCGGAGCUUUGGUUGAAACCUUCCCCGGAAUGGUGAUAAGUUUGGGAGCACAGAUAAAUAACUUCAAAAACGUUGAAAAGAGUUUGAGAUCUAAGUUAGGAGACUCAGAGGCCAAGAGGAUUAUCUCAAGAGCUGUUUAUCUAUUUCAUAUUGGAGCCAACGACUACCUUUAUCCCAUUUUAUUUGCAAAUUCUUCCACUUUCCUAUCCAUUUCUAGGGAGAAAUUCAGCGAUUUUGUGUUCGGUAACAUAACUUCAGCAAUUGAGGAAGUGUAUAAAGUCGGAGGAAGAAAGUUUGGAUUCUUGAACAUAGGAGCCUAUGAUUGUGCACCAGCCUCAUUGAUCAUAGACCGAACAAAUAUAGGAUCUUGUUUCAAGCCAAUCACUGAUCUGAUCAAUCUACACAACAAGAAGCUUCCUAAUGCCUUAAAGCUUCUCGAGCGUAACCUAUCUGGAUUCAAAUACGCCCUUCACGAUUACCACACUUCUCUAUCCGAAAGAAUCAAUAACCCUUUGAAAUACGGGUUUAAAGAAGGUAAGAAGGCAUGUUGUGGGACUGGACCACUGAGAGGAAUAAAUACUUGCGGAGGCAGAGUUUUGGGACUAUCACAGGGUUAUGAAUUAUGUGAGAACGUUACCGAGUAUUUAUUUUUCGAUUCAUUUCAUUUGACGGAGAAGGCUCAUCGACAGAUUGCAGAGCUUAUUUGGAGUGGAUCGUCCAAUGUUACGGGACCUUAUAAUCUCAAAACAUUGUUUGAGUUGAAGUAGAAUUCGUCCAUGUAUGGAUAAGUAUGAAAUAAGAGACGAGAUCAUUAUCUUGUCAAGUUUUAUUUGUACUGUUUUUUUGUAUGUUGCAAAUAAUAA